AUGAUUGCCGGUGUUGUUCGGUUCCUUUCGUCGCAGAUCAGCCUUUCCGAUCCUUGGGAAUUCGAAGUACGUGUUGAUAGUACCAUGACUAACGAAUGCAAUAUUUGUAAUAAGUCGUUGGCUAGUAAACAGGGUUUAAGAAUUCAUAUGAGAAUCCAUACAGGAGAGAAACCCUACAAAUGUGAAACAUGUGAUAAAUGUUUUGCUCAAUUGAGCACUUUAAACAGUCAUCUCAGAACCCACACAGGAGAAAAACAAUACAAAUGUGAAACAUGUGACAAAUGUUUUUCUGAAUCGAAAAAUUUGAAUCGUCAUCUCAGAAUCCACACGGGAGAAAAACCAUACAAGUGUAAAAUAUGUGAUAAAUGUUUUACUCGUAAGUACAAUUUGAAUCGUCAUCUCAGACUCCACAUGGGUGAAAAUCCCUAG